CUCACUCCAGAUACACAAGGGCUGGUGCAGGUUAAACAAUAGAGGGGAUGACAACCCAUCAUGCUCAGAGGUGUACUGGGAUCAUAACGCUCCUGCCCAUUUGCUAGAGGGAUAGGUUAUCACACAGCAUCAGCCAUGCCUACAGAAGGGAAAUCGGAUAUGGAGAGGAUUGGCCUCUUUAGUGAAAUGGAAUAUAUUACAAUCGGGGAUAAAUAUGUCUCACCCUUUAACCGCCCUUUUAACGAAGCUGCAAGCAAGAACAGGCAAAUGCUGCCAGGGGGUGAAAAAGAGAAGUCCGCUCUCCAAGCGGGUUACUUUGACCCUGUGUAUGGAAGAAUUUUUGAAGGUGAAAGUUAUUCAAACCCCGUGCAGCUACGGAGAAGAUAUCGAAUCGCAGAGUCCAAGAAAAACUUGAGCAAACCUUUCCUUCCCAGUAAUGGAGAGAAAAUGCCUUGUGGCAUAGGAACCUAUUAUGGAACCAUCGGGGGCCCAUGCCCCUUCUUUAGCGUACAGAAGAAGGACAAAACUGCCUAUGUGCCACCUGGCAAGAAUCUAUACACCAAUCCAGGAAAGAAAGGAACUGGCUAUGGGUAUCCAAAUCUUACAAUAGGUAAACCAUACUCACAUGCAGUUGAAUUAUAUGACAUGGGAAGAUUAACUUUUAAGAAAAUGUCUGAAGAACACCACCGGCUGCUGAAAGGUGGACCUUUCAAAUUGAACCUUUAUCCCCGAGAGUAUUUUGAUUUGAAUCCUUACCAUGAUGAAGGACCGAUGCCACCACCAAAGAAACCACCCACACAAGUACCAAUUCAUGUUGCCUUUAAACCAAGUUCUCCAGGAAAGAAACCUGGUGGCAUGAAAGCGGGCACAUUUGACCCUUUCCCAACCUAUUCCUCAGACCCAUACAUAGUGAAGAUGCUUAAACCUAUCACGACCAAUAAACAAGGACGAAUAUAUAAUUCCUCUUCUACAACAAGGAGCAGACCAGUAAGAAGUAUUAUGGCUGCCAAUGUUGAAAAGUCACUAAAUGUUACAAAUUACAAGGAUCCACAGCUGAUGUCGUAUUAGCUGUAAAAAAACCAAGGUGAAUGAUCUUUUCUGGUUUCUGUAGCAUUUGAACAACUCGCAGGGCUCCUGAAAUAAAUGGAAGUUUCUGUGGCUGAGAGAGAGGUAGUUCAAAAUAUUGCAACACCUUACCACAAUUGUAUCCCAUUUCUGAUUAUAUUUCAACAUAUAAACAAGCAAAUUGAUAAUAUAUUAACAAAUAAUGUUUUUAAAACAUGAAGGAUGUUUUGAUGCAGGUUGUAUUUAAACAGUUACAUACGUGUUUACAUGUUAGGUAUGCAUUGGAAAAUAUAUAUAUAUAUAUAUAUUGUUAGCAAUAAUAAAUGUGUAUCCUUUGCUGUGUAACUAACAUCAAGGUUUUUUAAAAAGCCAUUUGCCAUCCUAACUGAAUGGAAAUGGAACAUUUCUUCAAAGGUUUUAGUACCUGCUUUAGGUAAUAGAUACCAAUUUAGAUAAAUGCAAGUGUUUCAUCAAAUUGUUUUUUGUCUACCAAAUUGUAAAUGUUCUGUACAGCAUUAAUAUGGGAAAACAUAGCGCAACAAAGGAAAUCCCUUUACCAAAAGGUCAUAAAUAUUCAGAUUUUUUUUUUUACAAAAUAAAGACAGGUUUUAUAUUUCAAUUCA